AUGGCUUCUACAUUUAAGUUGAUUGUUAGUGUUGUCACUUUGCUUUGUUUAAUUCACUUUUCCAGUAUUUGUAAUGCUAAAAGGAUGCUUAGGGAGUCUAAGAUAGGAAAGGAAAAUGAGAAGUUAUUUAAGGAGAAAAAGGAUGAUUCAGCUUCUCCUUCUCCAGAUUCAACAAACAUUGGUGGAUUUCCUUUCCCAUUCAAUUUUCCACCAUUUUCUGAUGGAAUUCCAAAUAUACCCUUCAAUUUUCCAUUUCCUGACUUUGGAUCAUCAGGAGGAUUGCCUGGUUUUGGAAUUCCUGGUACUGGCGGUAGUGGUACUGGUGAUAAUAACCCAUUUACUUUUCCAAUCCCUGGAGUUCCUAAUGUUGCUGUUCCACCCCCAGCUUCCGUCCCUUAA